CGAAUCACGUUGGAAUGUUACAAGUCAACGACUCCACAGUUUUCUCCGCGCUGAACGUGCCUAUUGACACGAUCGUUUCACUAGAAUGACAUGAUUCUCGCGAAAAUAUAAAAUUGUCUUUUUGUUUAAUCGUCGAUUUUUUCAAUACCUGGUGUAAAUGAUGCGAAUAUUUCUUGAAAGUUUGUUGUACAGAUUGCACGGCUGAUUGUUCCGCGGGGAGUAAUUGUUUUAUACAUAGUACUUAUUUAAGUAUAGCGCUGUGAAAUAUUAGUCACAUAAGUAAUACGCGUCAUCUGCUACGUUCUCUCGAUUGUGUCCGACAGUUCCUUUCUAAAAAGUUUUCGAGAGUGAAAUUAUGGCCGCGUCGCAGGAAACCGUGUAUUAAGUUCUGUCAAUAAUGGUAGCUGCCGGUGCCACAGUUUUGAUGGCAGCUAGCGAGGAGAAUUCAUCAAGUGAGACAGGAAGUGGUACAACGCAAUCUGCAAACCAAAGUACUUCACGAUAUAGUGAGAUACAGUAUUGUAGUCAAAGAAAUAUUGACUCUUCGAUUAAAGGAGAUACAGCAACAUGUUCUUCAAAUAUUAUAGAAAAGAAACAACGUAGUCUUACAGAAAAAAAUGAUAAAAUAAUAUCUAAAAUAGAACCCAAGGAAAGCCCUAAGAGUGGUUUUGUAACUUGCAAAACUACUCAGAUUCGUGAGACCAGAACUUCCAGAUUACGGGCUGCUUCCAUAGCGCCAAGUGAUGUAACAUUAUCAUCAAAAAGAUUACUUGGAUCAGAAGCUCCUGGUUCUCAGAGAUAUAGUUUAUCAAGUAAGCAAAAAAAUUCCACACCUUUAGACAGUAGUGUCACCAUGAAUUCUGUCAAGGAAAGAGAUAAGAGCUACAAACGUAAAUCUUACUUAAACAGGUCACGUCACGCGGAAACAGCACCUGUUGAUCAUUCAAAUGAAAUCGAAUCCACUGAAAGACGUUCUAGAAGACAAUCAAUUAAGCGAGGUCAGAUAUCCGAAAUGGUUUCAAGUCCUGACUCAUGUGGUAAUUCUGCGGCAAAAACUCAAAUGACCAGUCCACGUAGAAAAUAUACCGAUUCGAAAUUAAUUGGAUCUCAGCAUAGUAUUACGAAGAAUCCUUCUAAGACUUGCUCCUCAUCUUCCGUCGUAUCUGCUAGCAUCAGCACAAAGCGCUCGAUUGUACAGCCAAGUAGUAGUGUAACUAGUUCGGAAAUUUCACGCAGAGUGGACGCGUUAACGGCUCUAACGCGAGCUACGAUGGAACGCGUUGAGAGGCUCGCAUUUGCAACGAGUUGUGCGAAUCAUUCGUCCGAAAACGUGCACGUUGUUUCCGAGAAAACGUCGGUGUCGCCAAAAAAAUGUACUAUAUCGAAACACACGCCAGUUUCUAUUCUUAAACAUAAAGCGAUCGACGGCGAAGGAGGUGAUCGCCAAGCGUCGUUCGGUGGUUCUCCACACGCGCCGUCACCCGUAACGUUCUCGCCAUCUGUUACGGAACCGUCAGUUUCUCACAAGAGACACGGAAUUUUAAAAAAACGAAGCAGUUUAGACGAAAGCGAGAUAUUACGUCGUCGUAGCUGUUCUCCCGAUGUUUCAUUCGCCGACAACACUUAUUCGGAAUUUCGGCCGAUCCUGAAGAACCAAAGGCGAUCAUCGCUGGACGAGAUCGUUAAAAGGGAUCAGAGUCCUGAUCAACCCGCCUCUAUAUUAAAACGCAAAUCGUCCAGAGAAGAUGACAGGGAAAUUCAUCGGUCGCUGGGUUCUCCAGAGCCACAAAGUAUCUUGAAACGAAAGCUUGCGAAUAGCGUUCGCGCCAACAGCGUUGGUCAUCAUGUGACUAUCGUGUCGGACGUAGCGAGUACAAACGCGAGCGGAAGCUCGAUCGCUAGCACGAACGCGAGUCUCAUCUCCGAGAGCCUCGAUGGAUCCGAAGUGAGACCGAUAUUGAAAAAAAAAUACGGCAGAGAAGAACUUAACGGCUGCGAUGUUUUGUCGCUCGAGCCUCGACCUAUAUUGAAGAAAAAAUCGAGCACGGAAUCGGACGAGCACGAGCACGAUAAACCGAAGAAAACGAUCUUAAAGUCUUCCCGAAAGAAUUCGUACGAGGACGGUUGUUACGAGACAGAGUUAGCUUCGCCGAGAAAAUUGUCCGCGCUCAAGAAUCGAUCGUUGGAGAUCGAGAAUGUGCGACCCAUAUUGAAACAGUCGAGCGGUAGUCGUUAUCACGAAGACGCGCGCGAUUUAGCGGCGAACUCAUUUUUACGAAAAAGAGCUCAAUCCGUAGGUCACGCGCGAUCUGCGAACAGCGACGAUCAUGUGGAUCCGAUUCGGAUGCUAACCAAACGAAGAUCUCUCGAGUCUAGUUCGCCCGUCGACAUGUCGCGUAUUCCGAUACCCCAGCGAUGCGGUUUUACGGAAACUGAAGCCGAUUGUUCCGAUGAAAUCUCCUACGUGGCAAAUAGUUCCGGUAUAAUUAAAGAAAGUAAACUUGAAGGAUCUAGCAAAAGUAAGCAAAGUAGUAACGUGAACAACAUGGAUGAGAAGGAUAAGACGGAGUCACACGCGUAUUUCGUGAAAAUCGAUCCCGAUUCAAGCAACUGCGAAGCGAUGGAAAUUAUCGAUCAAACAUCCGACAAGGAAGAUACCGUCGAAAACGAUGAAUCGAAAACUACGCAGAAUGUUUAUGAAGAUUAUGCCGUUGUUCGUCGUAGCAACAGCGUGUCAAAAAUGACACAACACUUUAAGGCUUUGCAAGAAAAAGCAAACGUUGCGACUGCGGAAAACAGUUCUCAGCGGUCUGCGAGGAGAUCGUCACACGGCGUCCAACGUUAUCGCGAACGCAAAACGCAAGGCGGUGAAAGAUUCAACACCCAGCCGGUGACGUUCGAAGAAGUGCGCGAGGCAGUUUUACAGAAUCAGCGCAAUGCUGCGUUGAACGUUGCGGGAGCGCCGGAUGAUGAGCCUGAACCGUCUAAGUUGAGCUUGGCAGAACGCGUGCGACUCUUCAAUCAAAAGAUCGCCACUGCGGAAACAGUCGCGACAAGCACCGUACAUCAGGAAAGAUUCAAUCAAAGAAGACGACCGUCCACCCGCUACAAAACUCAGCCUGUAACAUCCGAGGAAGUCGAAGUAGCGUCACGAAUAUCACCGUUGAGUGUGAAUCAACAAAUUCCAUCUUUGGAUGAAGGAUUUUCGAAAGAAUAUCAGAGACCACUUUAUUCACCUCCGCUUGCAACAGCAUCGCAACAUGAUGUACCAAAAAGUAUUUUAAAGUCUUCUACCGGUUAUACACAAAGUCUGUCGCGUGCCAAAAGUCCGGAAUUGCGAGGUAUAAAAUUGAUAAAGUCCGUGCUCAAGAAAGAAUCUGAGGAACCGGAACAACCGUUGACGACCCUGUCAAAUUUCGAAGUGCAUCCGCGUUCUAUUCUAAAAAGCAAUCCUCACUCGAGGCUUGUUCAAACUGCCAAUGUUGUUGAUGAUGCGGUAAGAAUAUCGAGAACUGAAGGAAGUACACGUAGCAUCGAGAACCAAAAUCAAAGCAGCGAGAUCACUAAACUUUGCGAGAAAUUAAAUGACUCUAACGUGAGCAAUAUGGCACGACUUAGUUCGCAUUGUCAUUGCGACGAUACACAGACGAUUGUUUCUAACGAAAGCGACACUUUUGAAAAAAACGAAGCUGCAACGUCUUCGCACAAAGUUACAAUAUUUCAAAACGAAACCUCCUCGUUGGACAAUGUGGACAAUUUUAAAAUUGACGCAGUUCCAAGUUUUGCAACAAAAAGAUAUGGCAACAAACGGAAUGAAAAUUUUUUGGUGGAUAAGUUGAAUCGGUUAGAUGUUGGCGAUAAUGACGAUGACGUGAACAAGAUUAACAAAACUGACGAUAAUGAAAAGGAUAUCGAUAAAGAAGAAGAGGAGGAAGUGGAGGAAGAGGAGGAGGAAGAAGAAGAAGAAGAAGAAGAAGCGGUUGCAAAACAUGAUGACGAAGAUGAUGAUCGCGCGUCGUCGUCUUCCGGCGGUCACGAGAUACACAACAUUAUUACCAAUGAAAAGCGCGUUGGCGUCGCACGAGGUUCUGUUAAUUUACUAGCUAAGAGUGUCAGUCAACACUCUUUCGAGGACGACAGGCGAAAACAGCACCGUGGUUUGCCGUUACCGGGGCUAUGUCGCAGCGCGACACAAGUGUUAGCAUCGAUAGAGACGAGUGAGACACCAAGCGUUAGUAUCGCCGAUCGGUUGGCCGCCUUACGUCAUAACGGCAGCACUAACUGGAGAAGACGCGUGGCGGGUGGCAGAGUUGACGAAACGUGCGACGAUUCGCUUUUUAGCGCGGAUGAGAGCACGACACCGGUCAAGUCGGGCGUGUUGGCUAACUGCCUCGAAAAGCUCGAGUCUGCCACGGAAAACUGGAAGAGCAGAAUUGCAGCAUCCGACGCGAUCAACUUCACUGUAGCUGGCAAAAUGAAAGUGACUCAAUCGAAAGACGUCGCCUCACCGUUUCUUCCAAAAGCGACGGCGGAUGUUACGUUAAGUCAAAAGAAGAAAGUACCUCGUCCGCAACGAUUCAGAACGAGAAAAGGAUGUAACAACGGCGCGGCGUCGACUCCUACCAGUCCGUGUAAAGAUCUGUCUCCCGCUACACGCACGAGUUUUUCUGAACCUGUUAGCGAUGAUAGCGGUGACGAGUGUAAAACGAAGAAUGUAUUGUCGCCGACUAUUUCAAUACCAAAAACGGACGACGAAACGUUCACCUCUUUCUUCAGCGGUGUAUCGUUGGAAAAGUGCGAGACCGAGUGUCUUGAUUUACACGAAAGCGACUUCGACGUAAUUACACCACAAUCUGAAUUAUUAGUGCAGAAAAGGAACAUACGAGCGCAACGUCGACGAGUCGCCUCGAGAAAUCCUCUCAAAGCUCUCGCGGCACGCACCGAUUUAAAAUCAGAAUAUACCGAAAUUCGUAUGGAUAUUGCUACAAGGACGUAUCAGAACGUAAACAUAGAAAAACUCGCUAAAAGCUCGUCUUUCGCCAUCGAGGCUCUUGCCGGUUUGGCUUCUACCGAGGAUUUUAGCUCGGUUACUUUGAGAAAUGUUUCGGAAACAAGCGUAUCCGCGAAUAAACUGCAACCGUAUAAAGACGUAAUGCUGAUAUUGGUUAAAGGAAGACGACACAUUCAAGUCAGACUGGUUGAGCCUAUCGCCGAUAGUAUUAAUGACGGUGAUAGCUAUAUACUUGUGACAAAAUCAGAGAUUUUUAACUACGUAGGAAAAUAUUGUAACAUCAUUGAGAAAACCCGUGCCGCUGAGAUCGCGUUGAGUAUUCAGCAACAAAAGGACUUAGGUUGUCAAGCGGCUCAAGUUAUUGUUAUAAACGAAGACAAAGUAACUUGUACGAGGAAUCAAGUCAAAAAAUUUUGGAGUUAUCUUGGCGUGCACGAUAUCGAAAAGUUAAACGUUACUAAAGCUGGUCAUCCUGACGAAGAUGAAUUGUACGAAUCAGCUAUCAUCGACACAAAUAUGGUGUAUGAGUUAAAAAACCAACAAUUAGUGCCGCAUGGAAAGUUUUGGGCUACACUUCCUAAGAUAGAAAUGCUCGAUAAAAAUAAGAUUUUAGUGUUCGACUUUGGCAGUGAAAUGUACAUCUGGAGUGGUAAAGGAGUCUCGGCGGACAAAAAGAAGAUUGCUACUCGACUUGCCACGAAAAUGUGGAAUGACGGCUAUGAUUACAGCGAAUGUACCGCUUGUCCAAUCAAUGCGGCCCACAUGAUUGGCGAUCGGAGCAACGAUUUGCAUGCAAACCCGUUCGCGAAAUCUGCCAAGAACAGACCCGAAUGGUGUUUACUCGCAAAACUGACACAACACGUUGAAACAAUACUUUUCCGGGAAAAGUUUCUCGAUUGGCCUACUGUCACUGGCACCAUAAAGACACGAGGCCGAAAAGACAAUAUUACGGAACAAAUUGACGGUACCAUAACUGUGCAAUUGGACGAUAGCGACGAUAUGUGGUUGCCAAACGUUACUCCAGUCAAUCUGGUUCUAGAAGGCUGCCAUUUAGGUAGAGGCACUGGUUGCUACGAUAAUGAGUUAAAGAAAGAAUAUGUUGUCAAUACAACGAGUGUGAUGGUAUGGCAUAUUGAUGAAUUUUCACAUACGCUUUUACAUGGAUCGUCCAUUGGCCAAUUCUAUUCUGGUGAUAGCUAUAUUGUUCAAUGGACAUAUUCCGUUACAAUUACUGGUAGAGAACUCAGUGGUUUGCCGUCUAAACAUUCAGCUAAAGGUCGCGAUAGGACUGCAUAUUUUAUUUGGCAAGGUCGAGACGCAUCUUUGAAUGAACGAGGUGCUGCGGCAUUGUUGACUAUUGAAUUAGAUAGCAAUCGAGGCCCUCAGAUUCAUGUUGUUCAAGGACACGAAUCGGCUGCAUUUUUAAAUUUAUUUUCUGGAAGAAUGACAAUUCACAGUGGUAAGAAAUCUGAGGAGAAACAUGAGAAACGAUGGAGAUUAUAUAUCUGCCGAGGUACUUUGGAGUCUGAGACAUUUUUGACUGAAAUCCCUUGCAGCACUCGACAAUUGAGAAGCAGAGGUUCAUUCGUAUUGUUAGACACCAAAAAUGGAAAAAUAUACGUUUGGCACGGAAAUAAUUCCUUACAUCAUAUUAGAAAGAAUGCGUUAAUGGCUGCAAACAAAUUGAAGGAAACUCGACCUAAAGAAGCUGGAUUGUCAAACAUAGACAACAUAGAAAUAUGCGAGGUUGAAGAAAACUCGGAACCUGAAGAAUUCGAUAAUGCAUUAUGUGGCGUGAACAAAAAGUUGUACUGGUCAUUGGGAACAACUGAGAUACAGGAUCACACUCCGAGACUUUAUCAUUUGACGAGCAUUUCUAAAAAAUUUGGCGCAACGGAAAUACUCUGUCAGCAUCGUGCUGAUCUCACGACGCCGUUUCCUUUCUUACAGGAUGAUUUGUAUCAAGCAAGCCAACCAGCUCUAUUCUUAUUGGACAACAAAGAUGUGAUUUGGAUUUGGCAAGGAUGGUGGCCUGAUAGUGAAGCGGAAGAUCAAUCCGGAAGCAAAACCGUUCGGUGGCAAGCAGAGAGAAGAGCAGCGAUGACGCUAGCAAUAAGAUAUUGGCAAAAGACUCGAAACACACAAACAACGAAUCUUCCGAUAUAUUUAGUAUGGGCUGGCUUAGAACAAUUGCAAUUUAUAAAUCUCUUUCCUGAAUGGACAUAUCGCGACGACAUCGCAGAAUUAAACAUAGAGAAUAGCCGAAAUCCAGGAGAAUUAUUAAGUGCGGAAAAUGAAUUGGCUCGCUUGACGCAAAGUACAUAUCCUCCUGCUCAAUUGUUACAAAGACCUUUACCCGACGGAGUUGAUCCAACACGUUUGGAGUUGUAUCUGUCCCAACAACAUUUUCAGGAACUGUUAGGAAUGAGCAAAGAAGACUUUCAUCAGCUUCCAGUCUGGAAGCAAGUGAAUCUCAAGAAAGAAAUAGGAUUGUUCUGAUGGAUCGCUUCUUAUACUACGACGAGUAGCUGUUCAUCGCAAAAUUAUCGAAUUUUUACUAGUUGUUUCAUCAUGUGUCUACGAUACGAGGAUUGAAAUAACUUGUUGCGAUUUUUAAGCGCCUGUUUGACGAAACUUGCAUGUACAGAGAAUGAAACAUUUUUUAAACUGACCGAAUGUCUCGACGAAUAUUGUGUAAUAAUAGAAGAUUAAGAAGAACGAACGUGGAAAUAUAACCGCCAACGCUGUGUUUGGAUUAUAUAAUGCAUAUGUAUAAGUCAUACGAAUACAGAUUAUAUAUUUUUAAUACCUGCUACAUGCGAAUCAGCUUGCGAGCAUUUUCUUUAUAUUUAUAUGGUCUUUAUAUUUGAAAGUGAAUGAUACGCUGUUCCGCCUUAUUCCUUCGCGUGUGUAAUAUCUGUACGAAAUCGUUUCUAUAAUUUACAAAUAUAUUCUGCAUUUUUAAAUAGUAUUUCACAAGAAAACACAA